CGUCGGGUCGGCUGUCAACCAUGAGGAUUUGGCAGCUGCUCAUCGUCUUGGGGCUUCUCCAGUUGGGGAGGGCUGCCAAAAAGCCAGGUUGUUCAGGGAGAAAACUGGAUCUGGUCUUUCUGCUGGACUCCUCUGGCAGUGUCAAAAAGCACAACUUCAAACGAAUGCUCUCCUUCAUGAAGUACUUCCUUUCAACGGCAAGCAUAGAUGAUGGUAAAGUCCGUGUUGGUGUGGCCAUCUUUAACGGAAAGGCAACAAUCCAGUUUCACCUGAAUAAAUUUAAAACAAAGAAAGCUUUAUUCCGGGCUAUAGACAGAAUUAAAUACAAAAGAGGACGUACCAACACAUUUGCUGGUCUCAGAUUACUGCGAACUCAAAUGUUUAAACGGAAAAGAGGUGAUCGUCGAGGUGCCAAGAAUGUAGCUUUGGUCAUGACGGAUGGUUUGUCCAAUGUGAAGUCCAAGCGGACAAUUCCAGAAGCAAAAGCUGUGAGAAGGGCGGGCAUCCAUAUCUUUGCCAUUGGGAUCGGAUUGAAGAAAACAGCUGAGUUAGAUGGGAUAGCUAGUAGGCCCGCUGCAGAGAAUCGAUUUACCGUGAAGAACUUCAAACAGUUGAGAGGUCUUAAAGACAAAGUAUUCACCUCAGUCUGCCAAUUUGUCACAUCCCCAGGACCAGGACCAUCGCCACCAAAAGGUAUGUACAUGUGUUUAUAUUGGUUGUUCAGGAGAAAACUGGAUCUGGUCUUUCUGCUGGACUCCUCUGGCAGUGUCAAAAAGCACAACUUCAAACGAAUGCUCUCCUUCAUGAAGUACUUCCUUUCAACGGCAAGCAUUGAUGAUGGUAAAGUCCGUGUUGGUGUGGCCAUCUUUAACGGAAAGGCAACAAUCCAGUUUCACCUGAAUAAAUUUAAAACGAAGAAAGCUUUAUUCCGGGCUAUAGACAGAAUUAAAUACAAAAGAGGACGUACCAACACAUUUGCUGGUCUCAGAUUACUGCGAACUCAAAUGUUUAAACGGAAAAGAGGUGAUCGUCGAGGUGCCAAGAAUGUAGCUUUGGUCAUGACGGAUGGUUUGUCCAAUGUGAAGUCCAAGCGGACAAUUCCAGAAGCAAAAGCUGUGAGAAGGGCGGGCAUCCAUAUCUUUGCCAUUGGGAUCGGAUUGAAGAAAACAGCUGAGUUAGAUGGGAUAGCUAGUAGGCCCGCUGCAGAGAAUCGAUUUACCGUGAAGAACUUCAAACAGUUGAGAGGUCUUAAAGACAAAGUAUUCACCUCAGUCUGCCAAUUUGUCACAUCCCAGGACCAGGACCAUCGCCACCAAAAGGUUGUUCAGGGAGAAAACUGGAUCUGGUCUUUCUGCUGGACUCCUCUGGCAGUGUCAAAAAGCACAACUUCAAACGAAUGCUCCUUCAUGAAGUACUUCCUUUCAACGGCAAGCAUUGAUGAUGGUAAAGUCCGUGUUGGUGUGGCCAUCUUUAACGGAAAGGCAACAAUCCAGUUUCACCUGAAUAAAUUUAAAACAAAGAAAGCUUUAUUCCGGGCUAUAGACAGAAUUAAAUACAAAAGAGGACGUACCAACACAUUUGCUGGUCUCAGAUUACUGCGAACUCAAAUGUUUAAACGGAAAAGAGGUGAUCGUCGAGGUGCCAAGAAUGUAGCUUUGGUCAUGACGGAUGGUUUGUCCAAUGUGAAGUCCAAGCGGACAAUUCCAGAAGCAAAAGCUGUGAGAAGGGCGGGCAUCCAUAUCUUUGCCAUUGGGAUCGGAUUGAAGAAAACAGCUGAGUUAGAUGGGAUAGCUAGUAGGCCCGCUGCAGAGAAUCGAUUUACCGUGAAGAACUUCAAACAGUUGAGAGGUCUUAAAGACAAAGUAUUCACCUCAGUCUGCCAAUUUGUCACAUCCCCAGGACCAGGACCAUCGCCACCAAAAGGUAUGUACAUGUGUUUAUAUUGAGUAAGUGUAACUAAGGU